CUGGAAAGAGCAGUCACUCAUGUGAUCUGAGUCCGAACGGCUUCCGGCGGACUCAAAAACACUGGAGAGUUGAACCCGGAGGCGGCAGCGACGGCGACGACGACGACUACUAGCAGACCCUGGUGACCCGGCUCACAGCAGCCGGCUGAGGCCGGGCGGGCGGGAUGUUACGGGGUCUGGGCAGCUGGUUUGGCUUGGAACAGACGUCGGCAGGGGGCGACCCUCCGGCCGGGGGUAGCCCCGAAGAGGCGGCGGCGGCGGGGAGUGAGCCCGAGCUGCCGCCGGAGGAGCUGCGGGAAGGGGACGAGGAGCCUCUUCUCCACCAGGCCAAAGGCCUCGGCAAUUACCUGUUUAAUUUUGCCACUGCUGCUACAAAAAAGAUAACUGAAUCAGUUGCUGAAACAGCACAAACAAUAAAGAAGUCAGUAGAAGAAGGGAAAAUAGAUGAUAUCAUUGAUAAGACCAUUAUAGGAGAUUUUCAGAAGGAACAAAAAAAAUUUGUGCAAGAGCAACAAACAAAAAAGUCAGAAGCAGCAGUGCCUCCAUGGGUUGACAGUAAUGAAGAAGAAACAAUUCAGCAACAAAUAUUGGCCUUAUCUGCAGACAAAAGAAACUUCCUUCGAGAUCCUCCAGUAGGUGUUCAGUUUAAUUUUGACUUUGAUCAAAUGUAUCCUGUUGCUAUGGUAAUGCUUCAAGAAGAUGAACUGCUGAACAGAAUGAGAUUUGACCUUGUUCCUAAACAUGUAAAAGAAGAAGUGUUCUGGAGGAAUUAUUUUUAUCGUGUCUCCCUGAUUAAACAGUCUGCACAGCUGACUGCACUGGCAGCCCAGCAGCAAGCCGUGGGAAAGGAAGAGAAGAACAGUGGCAGAGAAGGCGAUUCACAGCUGACAGAAGCAGUACGACCUAAAACACCACCUGUUGCAAUUAAACCUCAACUUAAACCUCAAGAGGAUGAGGAAGAGAUAUCAACUAGCCCUGGUGUAUCUGAAUUUGUUAGUGAUGCCUUUGAUGCUUGUAACUUUAAUCAGGAAGAUCUGAGAAAGGAAAUGGAACAGUUAGUACUUGACAAAAAGGAAGAGGAAAUAACUGUAUUAGAAGAAGAAUCUGCAGAUUGGGAAAAAGAACUACAGCAGGAACUUCAGGAAUAUGAAGUGGUGACAGAAUCAGAGAAGCGGGAUGAAAACUGGGAUAAGGAAAUUGAAGAAAUGCUUCAAGAAGGAAAUUAACUAAUUUUUGGAAUACAAUAUAAUCUUUAAAUGUUCCACACACUGACAUGGAAUUCUAUUAGCAAUCUGGACUCCCCCAAAUAUGGAGAAACAAGAGUAUAUAACAGCAUAUUCAAGAUCAGUGUAUAUAUAGGGAAACAACCAGCAUUAUUUCUUCGUCUAAAAUUGAAUGUAGUUUAUUCCUAAUAAUCAAUCACAAACGUAUGUUUCACAUAACAAUGGCUUGUUUGAAUAUAUAACUUUAGGAGUCCCAUUUAUAGGCUAUAUUGAUGUAAAUAUAGCAGAAAAUGAAGUAAGAUUUUUGAAUACAUCCUCUGAGGUUGAAAGUGGGACGUCAUUAAUUUAUUCUUUAUGCAGAGUUUUAUAAAAUUUCUUCAUAUUUGUACUUUUAUCACUGAAAGUUCUCUGUACAUAUGCAUUAAAAUACUUAAUUCUCUUUAA